UAUCAGUGGGGUAUAACUAGCACAGUUUGAAAUUUUUCACUCGCAUAAUUUUUAGUGAUGACUACUAUAACCAACAACUAUUACUAACCAUAAUUUCGGUGAUAUCAUAGUUAUGAACAAUUCUUCGGAGAUUAAUGAUCAUGAGUCGGUGGUCGAUGAAGUGGUACCAUUUGAAGUUCCUGACAAUGCUCAUAAGAAACUUCUUUCUUUACUAAAGCCCUUACCAUCACCUCAUUUCAAAAUGAUUCAUACGACUAUCCCUAUCCUUAAAGGUACCGAUGUUAGUGAGAUACUAAGAAGCAAUACGGUUCGUAUGCUUAAUGAGAGGUCUAAAGCCACUAAUAAAAGUAACAGUUCACAUAGUGAACAAACAACCACCAAUGAGAAUGAACAACCUCAAUGGUAUAAGUCGAUUGAUGAAUUAAUACCUACGAAUCUUCAACAACAAUUGACUACGGUGGCUAUCACAUAUUUCCCACCAGUUAAGCCAGUAGCCAUUGAAAGAAUCUUAAGUACUUUAAUUGGUAAUCGCGGUUAUAUAUGGUCUAUGUUAAAUUAUGAGUAUUUGGAUAAUCGAUUAUUGUUUAUUAGAUUUAGUAGAGUUGAAGAUACCCUAUGGUUUAUACAGAUGUAUAGUGGAGAGAUAGGCAGUCUACUACUUAAUGAUGAGAUCAGUCUCGUGCAUCAAGAUGUACUGGAGUAUACUGAGUCAGGAUCAGGAUCAGGAUCAGGAUCAGGAACAGAAGUACCUGAAGAUAUUAAGGAUACUAUAGAUUCAUUACUCCAUAAUGUAACGAACUACGAAAGAGUCAGUGUAAAAACAGGUACAGAAGAUUUAGAUCAGGUGAUGGACUACUACAGUCGAUAUAAAGUAGACAACAAUGAACUCAUCGAUGUACCCAGUCACAUGAAAGAAGGCAUAGUUAAGGAUAUCAUUAAGUUCCGAUCUAAAGUAUUAAACAUUGAACGAGACAAGCGGAAGAAGGAGAUUGAAGUGGAAAGAGCUGCUACUAAGGAAAGACUUAAGAAACUCUACGAGGGUAUUAAGGAGACAAGAGGUGAUACUCCCGAACAACAAGUACUACCAGUACAGACACCAUCAGUAACAAUUCCACCACAAGAGUAUCCUGAGUUACUGGAACAGGAGUAUGAGGAAUAUCUCAGUACUCAACAGCAACAGCAAUUAGAUCAGACAUAUACUGCCAAAUUAGCACAAGUCCAGGCGACAGAGCUGUCAGGAUCAGGUUUACGCAACUUACAGACCAAAUUGGAGGGAUUAAAGUCGUAUGAGAGUGAUCUUAUCGAUAAUAAGGAGAAGUACUAUCAACAAGUCGUGGACGUAGUAGAGACUGUAGGCACAUACACUGCCUCUGCCAAUGCCUUAACUACGGUAGUUAACAUGUACUAUACUGACCAUCAACGAUAUACUGCGGAGAGAAGUAGAAAGAGAACAGCCGAGCAGAUGGCUGAUGAAGCAGAUAGGGAACAAGAACAACAAGAGGUACCAGUACCAGUACCAGUAGAACAAGUACCAGUACCAGUAAUACCAGUAUCAGUUCUACCCGUGUCUGCCCCUCCACCCCAACUCAUAGCUAAGAUUAAUGAGUUACUCGUAGAGUACUUGGGAGUCGAAGACGAUAUGUUAUUCGACACCAUCCUCGACAACGUGACUCGUACUAAAGAUAAGCAACAACUCAUAGUUAGUCUUAGUGAAGUGUUAGAAGAAGAUGCUCAAAGUCUUGUUGAUGAUUUAUGGAAUUAUAUAGAAAAUGAGCUACAACUCAAUCUUACAUAACA